UUCCUUGGCCGUCGCGAAAUUUCUGUCAGUCUCCUAAUAUGUGUAUCUUAUAUUAGCGAAAUGGCUAAGUAAAUAUCUACGAUUACUUGAUGAUAGGUAGAGAUAUAUCUACCCUUUAGGUUCCGGGUUGAACAAAUCAAUUGUUGCAUCUUCCCAACAGGAAUUCAAUUUAUGUUUAGAUGUGUUCGUGUAAAGUGUUUCCCGUUUUCCACAUUAGCAGUGCUUUGUGUCGCCACAUCUCUGCAGGUUUUUGUUGCGAAAAUGCUGAGCUGCAAUAAAGUCUUCUUAUUGCCCUUCUUGAUCACUCUACUAUUUAGUGUGUACUGUCGUGCGUUCAACGUAACACGUGUCAUUAACCAGUAAAUAAUCCUCACAUUAUUGUCUGUUUUCUGUGUGAUUGUGCUUCUCAAGCAGUCUAUUUAUACCGGUACCAUUCCUGGGAGGAAAAUCCCGUCGAUCCCCAUUUCUAAAUUCACGUAUUAGUAUUAGGGGUAUCCUGACUCUGAUUUGGCGAUCAGUAAAAACCCUGCUUUGUCAUUGGAAAAAAAAACAGGGGAUUGUGGGACAUAGAGUUUCGACGUGGGUACAACUGGCUGUCUUUUCUCGCUGACAAAAUUGAAAUUUAAGCCAUGUACGCAAGUGUAAUUCCAGGUUACUUGAGCUGCAUGAAAGACAGAAAGUUUUCUUUCUGUCAGAAGCAGUAAAUUUAGACUGAUUUUAGAAACAUUGCAUCGGUAGGCCACAGGAAAGCCUCGGGCUCACGUAAUGCAGCUGGCCUGUUGAAUACAGGCUUUCAAAUUACCAUUACGGAGGAUAAGGUGGGGAACAAACCCAUAUCGACGGAAUCAGCAUGUUGCUGGAUGUAAUACAAGGUACCGAAAAUGGAGGAUUCGUAAUAAUUCAAGACACGGUGGAGUGCUGUGGACGGCAGCUUCUCCAGAGCUGCAUCGCUGCUGCCCUGCAUCGGGAGGAGGAUGUCCACGUGCUUGCAUUUGAAGUUUGUGAAGAGGAUCUAAGACUGGGACUUGAUAGGAAAUACGAGCAAAGGCUGUGUGUCCACAAUGGCUACACCGACCCACUAGGCUGGUCUGAACAUCCACUUUUCACAGUUCAUCAGUUCAUGGCUGAGGAGCUCAAUGCCCACCUGAGUGGGUCGGAGGAGUCGAAACCAGCAACACUCAUCAUAGAUUCACUUUCCUGGGUUUUGAGGCACCACCCCCCUGCUGUUGUGUGCCAGCGACUACAGGAACUCCGGAGAGGUGGAGCACUGAGGAGAGUGGUGGCGUUGUUGCACUGCGAUCUGCACCAACAAAGCAUCGUGGGUAGUUUGUGCCAUCUGGCAACUGCUGUUAUAUCUGUGGUACCAGGAAACAGGGGUCAGCAGGCUGUUGCCAAGACAACAAGACGUACCAAAUCUGGCAAGGUUACUCACGAGGAGGAGUACUUCAGUGUUAAGGAGGAUCUGACGGUCACUGUCGAAGCCCGGCCCAGCCUUCAUGGGCGUCCACAGACUGAGGAAGACGAGCAUGAAGCAGAUCCUGCUGCCAACUUGACCUUUAACCUUCGCUUGUCCGAGGGUGAAAAAGAAGCCAAAGAAAAGUUGUCUCUUCCUUUUGUCUUCAGUGAAGAGAAGAAGUCUGCCCUACUUCAGCCUCGUCCAGGUUCAGGCCGAAUUGUUUACAACCCUGAUGCCAGUGAUGACUUUGACCCAGAGGACCCAGACGAUGACCUGGCUGUCUGAAAUUAUAGCACUUCCCAAGCUGAAGCGGUCUGCUGCUUAUGAUCCACAGGCCUACUGUUAAUCUACAGCAAUGUUUCUCGACCAAGUCUCCAGGGACGCCCAGACAGUCCAUAUUUUUCCUCCCUCCCAGCACGCAAUCAAGAACAUCAAAUAUCUGGUACAAGUGUGUUGGGAGCUGGGAGAGAGCAAAAAUGUGAACCGUCUGGGGGUCCAUGAAGACUGGGUUUAAAAACACUGAUCUACAGGAUUCGUGCAAAACACAGAGGUUAUUAGUCCAGGAAUGUACCACUUCUGUGUUGUCUGUAAUAAUUUAGAUCGUAACACAGGUAUCUUAAUUCACAUAACUCGGUUUGAGAUGUUUUGACUAUUUAUUUCUGCCUCUUUAAUUUCAUCGUUUUAUACUUAAAUUUAAGAUCCGAGAUCAGAAAGUGAGGCUGAUGGAAUUAUGCUCUUAAUUUGUCACCAAGGAUUGACACCAGACAUCUUAUUUUGUUUGUAUGUGUGUUGCUAAAUAGAGAUGACUAAAAAUGCUCCUCUGAUCUGUGUUGAGUUUUCUAGCUGUACUUUUCAAAUUAUCAAAUGUGUUCAUUCUCAUCAACAGGUUGUGGGCUAGAGACUGUCAUAUAGAGGUAGUUUUUCACAAGAGCCCAUUUUUGAGUUUUUUUUUUUUUUUUAAUUUUCCAUUUAAUGUUAUCAUUAUGUAAUUGCUACAUAGUUAUUCCUGGUCCUUGAACAAUAAAAGGACUGAUUUCUUUUCUUAAAAAAAAAAAAAGUUUAUUGUAAUUGAUGUUGAAUCUGCUUCCAGUACAGAUGAAUAUGCUGGAGACCAUUUUGGUUCCUUGGGUAACUAGUGCGCAUAUUGUGCUGCAUAGUGAGUUUCAAAUAUAACAAUCAUUGUACUGGGUAA